CCCCACUUCUUACACUACCUUUUAAAUGAUGCUUAUCGCUUGCUUGCAGAAACUGUAAUGCCAAAGAAUUAAUUGAUCUUAUCAUUAGCUCCAUUUAUCCUCAAAACAAACAAACCUACAAUUUGCAAAAGAAACCUCCAAAACUUUAGGCAGGUAAACUUUAAAAUCUUAUGUGACCACCAGAGAAGUAUAACCAACCAAAAAGAACUGACUGUCAAACAUAGAGCUAAGAACUCAAAAGUUACAAGUUUCCUCUACUAAUAAUAAUUGUAUUGUACGUUGGAUGUUACAAAGAGCGGACCUUCCAAAACUUCAAGGUGACAGGCGUUUAUAUUCUCACGUGGAUUUCUACGGAAAAUGCUGAAGUCAUUGCUGAAAGACCCUAUACUAGACCUGAAAAGAAUCGGUAAUAACGUCAAAAAACUUAUUAGGAAUGAAAAAUUGGAAAAGAAAUUUUUCAAGCUUAUGGUUAAAACAUGGAGCGAAGAUGAGGACUCGAGGAGAAUCCUAGCGUUUUUGAAUAUCAUGAAGGCACUUUCUAUCAAGCCUGAAUGUACAAGCCUGUGCAUUAAACUGAUGUUCAUGGCGUUCGUAAGGAACUGUAAAUUCGUUUUGGGGUCCAACCUUGCACAAAUCAACUUGAUGCGCGAAUGUCUUUUGGAAUUGUUUGGUAAAAACUUGGAUGAAGCCUACAUGCAUGCUUUCGUUUACGUACGUCAGCUAGCAAUAACUCUACGAAAAGCAUAUAGUUCCAACAACAAAGAAGAUAUACAGUCCGUAAACAAUUGGCAGUUUGUGUACAGUCUUUAUUUAUGGUCCGAUUUCGCUUCAAGAUAUGCAAGUAAGCAUACAUUAAUACAAUCACUUAUUCAUCCUCUGAGUCAACUGAUAUAUGGAACAAUCAAGUUAAAUAAGGGUCAACGUUGGGUACCCUUACGUUUUCACUGCAUUUCUAUGCUGCAUAACCUAGCUGGUGUACCAAUUCCGUGUUCAGAAAAGUUGUCAGAAGGUGAACAAUCGUCAAAAGAUGACAAUGAUAUUAAAAUACCCUUAGUUGGUAGAGCUUUAUCCUCAGAGAAUCGUCUAUUGAUACCUACACUACCAUUAUUGUUAGAUGUAUUUCAGCUAGUUAACUUUAAUCAAAGAGCUACACGACCUUCAAAUGCCCCGUUAGAUCUACGCUUAUUACUACACUUUUCACCUAGUCAAAAGCAUGAAACUGCAUUAAAUGACGCUAUAAUUAGUUGGUUAUUUGAUUUACUUGCAGAAUGUAUGGCAUUGCAUGCGAAUUCAGUUGCUUUUCCAGAAUAUUCAUUACCAAUGAUUACUGAGAUUAAACAGUUCUUGCGUGUAUGUCGUGUAGCCGCCUUCUGUAGACAGUUGAAAGCCCUAAUGACAAAAGUACGUGAACACUCAGAAUGGAUUCUUAAGUGUCGUAGACGUAUUCGAAAUUUGACUAGUAAAAAUGAAGUGUUGAAUGUGGAGUCCACGUGUACUCUCUUAGAUAGUUCAAAUGAAAUUCUACCAUUUUGGCGAUUCUAUUCUCAACAUAAACAAAUUCGAUCUGUAGAAUUGAAUCGAUUAACUGAACGUCAUAAAAAGGAGCCAAUACCUACAGAUGCCAAUGUUGAGUUUGAUUCAAAGAAACGAAAGAUUGAAUCCGACAAUUCAGAUACCGAUUCUGAUCAUAGUGAUUCAUCGUACGAUAUUGAUGAUGGUCAAACAGUUACACAUGUCUCUAAAUCGAAGGGUAAAAAAAAGAUAAAGACAAAGAAGGAUAAGACUAAAAUGAAUGGAGAAGUUUCUUUGAAUAAUGAUAAACAAAAUAAGGCAACAACAAAUCUUGACAAGAAUGAUGCUUAUGAAAGUGAUGAGAGUGAUUUCGAUCUAGAAGCUGCUUUAAUGGAUGAAGGAGAUGAUAAUAAAAGUGAGAUUACAGGUGCACCAGAUGAACUAUCAGAAUUCGAAUUAGAAGGUGUUUCCAGUGAUGAACACAGUGACAUGGAGGAUUCGUUCAAUGUAGACUUGGAUCAUGAUGAUGAUGAUGAUAAUGAUGACAAUGAUGGUGAAUACAAUUUAACAUUGAAUGAAAAUUCUGAUGUUGAGAUGCCUGAUGAUUUACUAAAAUCGUGUAAACUCCCCAGAAAGCAGGAAGUUAAUGAAAAUACCAUGAUGAAUAAAAAGAAGAAAGCGAACAGUUACCUUAUCGUAAAAACACCAACUCCUAAGGUUAAGCCUAUAAAAAUUACUCCAGAAUCUAAACAAUCAGCCAUGACAGAUUCAGAUCCCAUAAUGAAGAAUAAACAGAGGAAACUCAAAAAGAAAAAGAGAAAGAAUUCCUCCACUAAUCAAUAAUGAAACUUGUUUAUAUAAUAUUUUUAAGUGAAAUCUGUUUUUCGUGUAUGGUACUGAUGGAUUACUUUAUUGUUACUUCACAACCUAGGACUCAGUCAUACUCUGUUAUAAAGGCGCCUAUCAUAAAUAUUUCAACUGUACAAAUAGAGACUUAACUGUAACCCUCAACCAGAAGUUCACUGAUAGAUGUUCACGGUGUCCCUUACUAUCAUAAUCAACACAGGACAAUGCAUUACUGCAUGACGGUUCAAGUUCUCAUACUUCAUAUCAGCACAUCAAGUAACAAGGCAAAGAUGAAGAAAAAAGGAAAGGUAGUAGAAGAGAGGAAGGAAGGAUGAGAAAACAAUGAGAUUAAGUAUAGCUAUUAAGAUGAGGAUAAUAUGUUUAUGCAUCUGCGCCACUGACAUCGGUGCUGAUCCAUAUCACCUAGAGUCUACAACCACUGGUUCCUCUUGUCCCACCAACCAAACCACUUUGUCUGCAUACCCCCACACGACUCAAACCAACAGUCAAACAGCUCACACAUUGAUGUCAUGUUUUAGUCUGGCCACCUCGAGCCUUUUUCCAACCUACACCUACUUCGGUCAACAUUGUGUGAUGAGAUAGGAUAAAUGGCAACUAGGCAUAUGUAACACAUGUCCCAACCAGCUAUCUCAGUCGAUGAAGGUUCACAACCUCAUCAACUGAUUUGCCUCUUCUCCCUAAAACUCUACACCUGAACCUGACUUCUGAGUUACUCAUGUGGUGAUACCAUGGAAUACGGCCUACACUACGAAGGCAACGGUGGUCAAACACUUGAAGUCUUCUCAUGUCUUCCACUUUCAAUGGCCAUGUUUCACAGUCAUCCAGUAGAACACAGUGGACUGCUGUGCAGUACACGCGACCCUUAAUAGAUAAAUAGAUAUCACGGUGGCGCAAUAGGUGAUGUAAGUUGGCAAAAUCCAGUCUCGCCUUUUGUAUUUGUGCAGAGACCUGGUCGGCGACUGACCCACUAGGGCUGAUCCGACUUCCCAGGUAAGUGGAGUGUUCAACGUGCUCAACCACUUCACUCGUUAUUGUUAAUCGGGGUACCGCUGAAGACCAGUUCUCGUAUCCUUUGUGAAAAUAGUGUUUAGCGUUUUAAUUCUGAUAAUCAGAUGAUCUGUUCUAGCGGUCCAGUUCUCGAUAGACGAUUGUUGAUGUUCAACUUCGAAAUCAACGGCUCCAUUUAUUUUUUCAAGCUGUCAUUUUGAUAUACUGUAACUGUGAAUUCAUAUCACCUUACGUGUGUACACAUACCUUUUUUGUUUACUAAUUCGAAUCGAAAUCAGUU